AUGCCCACGAUCCAAUAUCUGGGUCACGUGGACUUGGCCAGCACUGGCCGCGAGGACUGGCCGGCGGACGACACGUACGAGGACAACACGUACGUCGAUUGGAUGAAGGAAUCCAGCCCGAAGGCGGGAGCGCAUUCGGCGCCGAAGAAAUGGACCGUUUUGGUCGUGAUGUCGCUUGCGGUGGGGUACACGGCCGUGUUUGUGGACUUGGCCGCCGUGUGGCUCCACGACUUCAAGAAAGGCUUGUGUCUUUCGCGACUCGACGGGUGGUCGCUUCUAAACCCGUACCUGACCUGCCCGGCCGACGCGUGGUCCGACUGGCUGAAGGUGAUCAGCAGGCACGACACGCGUGUGGCGCGCGUGUUGCUCGAUUUCCCCAUCUACGUGGUGUUGGUGUGUCUCCUAGUGUCGAUGGCAAGCGUGAUCACGGUCACGCGGGCGCCGCUUGUCAAGCAGAGCGGGAUCUCCGAGAUCAAGCUCAUCAUAGCCGGCUUCAACUACUACAUGGACGAGUACUUGGGCGCGCAGAUGCUCAUGUACAAGAUCGCCGGGCUCGUGUUGGUGGUCAGCUCCGGGUUCUGGCUCGGCAAGGAGGGCCCGUUGGUGCACAUUGCCUGCUGCAUUUUGACCAUCUGCUUCGAGCGCAUGUACGGGAAAAGCCGGCUCGAGGGUCUCCGGCGCGAGUUGCUCAGCGCCGCGGUGGCCACGGGCAUAGCCGUGGCGUUCAACUCGCCCAUCGGCGGGGUGUUGUUUGUCGUGGAGCUUCUCCCCUCGUACUUCACGCCCACCAAGCUCAUGUGGAACUCGUUUGUGUCGGCCACCAUUGCGUUGGUGGCGCUCUACGGGUUCAAGGUGUUCACGGACGGCAAGAACUUCGAGGACCACUCGUUGUUCGAGGUGCUGUUCGGCAACUUCAGCUGGCUCUUCAUGGAGACGAUCCCGUUCAUGAUGCUCGGCGCCGUAGGCGGGCUCUACGGCCACGUGUACACGCAGGCGUACUUGCGGUUCUCCUCCAACAAGUGGAAACAGGGGCUCUGGGCCCGCUUGGCCGCGGUCUUCGGCACCUCGCUCCGCAACGCACAGUACUUGGAGAUCUUGUGUGUGGGCUUGGCCACGGCGCUCUUGACGUUCCCGUUGCUGAUGACCAAGUUGCCGCUCAGCGCCUUGUUGAAGCUCCUCUUCACCGACUGCCCGGCCGAGAGCCUGCUGGCUGCAGAGUCCAACUCGGUCAACUUCAUGUGCGGGUCGUCUGCGGCGACCACGGCCGCCAAACUCGCCUACGUCUUUGUGCAGGGCUUUGUUCUCUCGGCGUAUAGCUACGGGCUCUCGCUCCCCGGCGGCAUUUUGAUGCCGUCGUUCGUUUUGGGCGGCACGCUUGGCCGCUUGGUGGGGAUCCUCUCGCAGGCCAUCCAGAACCACGUGGGCGCGGCGGCGUUUGCCACGUGCACGGCCAAAUCGUGCAUCGUGUCGCCGUCGUCGUACGCGGUCGUGGGCUCGGCGGCGUUUGUGCUGGGCAUCACCAAACUCACGCUUUCCGUGGUGGUGAUUAUCUUCGAGUUGACGGGCGCCGUCACCUACGUGCUCCCCAUCAUGGUGGCGGUCAUGACGUCCCGGCUCGUCAACGACCACUUGUGCGAGGAAAACAUCUACGACGCCUGGUUGAGCCACGAGUUCAACGUGAAGAGCGCCUGUGGGCCGCCACACGUGAACCUGGGCAAGGGCGACGGGCUCUGCAACUUCGGCCACAUCUCGGCGCGCUUCCGGGCCCGCUUGCCCGACGUGGCCAUCGACUCGGUCAUGGUUCCGCUUGCAAGAACACGGCGUUUCUUGCUCUUCCCCCGCCAGCCGUAUUCGCUCGCCAGCUUGUACGAAUACUUGGCCCACGACAACCACGAGGGGUACCCGUUGAUCGCAAGCGACGCGCACCCGGUCAACUUGGGCUACUUGUCCAAGAAGAGCAUAUACCGGCUGAUUGUCGAGCACAUCGGGAACGUCCAGGAGGCGUCGGUCCUGCUUUGUUUCCAGGCGAAAGUGCCGGCGUUUUUGGCGGCCGAGCAGCGGGCCUUCGAAGCCAGGGUUCGAGGCAAUACCGGCACGGUAUACGAGGUUGCGGUGAGCGUCGAGCGCCCAACAACAAUUGUCCAGAACACAGCGUCCUUGAAACAGGUGAUUGAGCUAUUCGAGAGGCUCCACUUGAACACGCUCACCAUCAACGACUCCGCUGGCUGCGCCUGUGGGUUCAUUGACCGCUUCAUGCUAUCACGCUUGAUCCACCUGGGCUUCUCGGAGCUCCAGGAGCAUCUCCCCGAAGAGGGCUCUGCUGGUCACGAUCUCGAAGAUGCGGGUGAAAACGACGAGAGCGAUGCUCAUCAGCUACUACGCGUAGUAUAA